AUGAGUCCCCGACAGAAUAGACAGGAUGAGCGAGAGCCUUUGCUUCAAAACGGUCAUGUCGAUGGUGGAGAAGGCGGAGAUAGUCGCGAGGUCAUCUCGUUCUCAAAGAACGAUGCCGGUAAUCCAAGAGAGUGGCCCAGGAGGAAGAAGAUGACCAACGUUGCUAUUAUCGCCUUGAUGGCCAUUCUUUCGCCUCUGGCAUCAUCCAUGUUCAGUCCUGGUAUUCGACAGAUAGCCGAUGAUCUCAACACGACCAAGGAUGCUGUUAUCGGCUGUACUACUGGAUUCGUGAUCAUGCUUGGUAUCGGACCUCUCAUUCUGGCUCCUCUCUCGGAAACCUUUGGAAGAAGAAAGGUCUAUAUCUACUGUUACACUGCAUUCUCCAUUCUUCAGAUUCCGGCUGCGCUUGCUCCUAAUAUCGCCACCUUGCUCGCUGUCAGAACCAUCUCAGGUUUCUUCGGUGCUGUGGCCAUCGCGAAUGGCGGUGGAACUAUUAGUGACAUGUUUGUACCAGAAGAGAGAGCCGGUGUUUUCGGUUGGUAUCUUCUGGGACCACUACUCGGUCCUACACUUGGGCCGCUCUUUGGAGGUAUCAUUGUGCAGCGUGCAGGCUGGCGCUGGAUCUUCUGGACUACCACAAUAAUCUGCUUCCUCAACACCAUAGUCGGCUACUUUUUCCUGUACGAGUCCUACGCACCCGUCCUACUCAGUCGCAGAAAGGCCAGCAUGGAGUCUGAGGAAGGAGCGAUCGGCAAAUACCGCUAUGAAGGGGAAGACGACAGACCCCUCAAAAACAAGUUGGCUCACUCCCUAAAGAGGCCCUUCAAAAUUAUUACCCAACCUAUCGUCCUUAUCAUGAGCGCCUACCAAGCCCUGAUUUUUGGGACAACCUAUAGCAUCUAUACCAACAUGCAAGCCAUCUUUGAAGGCGAUUAUGGCUUCACAACCGAACAAGUCGGUCUCCUAUACCUCGGACCCGGCCUCGGAUUCCUAACUUCAGUCUGGUUCCUCGUACCACAAAUCGAUCGCGUAUACAAGGCUCUUGGCAAACGCAACAACUGCGAUCCGGUCCCUGAAUACCGUCUGCCUUUGGCAAACAUCGGCGCUGUCCUGAUUCCUGUAUCUCUGUUCUGCUUUUUCUGGGCAGUGGAGAAACACGCACACUGGGCUCUCGCCAUCACUGCUACAUACUUCUACGGUGCAGGGCAAGUGAUGAUCUUGAACUGUACGCAGAAUUACUACAUUGAUUCGUUUGAGAAGUAUGCUGCUUCUGCUAUCGCUGCUGGUGCGGUGUUUAGGAGUCUGUUCGGUGGCAUCGUGCCUUUAGUCGCACCUUCUUUGUUCAAGGCGCUGGGAUAUGGUUGGGGUGGCAGUGUGUUUGGGUUCCUUGCGCUUGCUAUUGCCCCUGCGCCUCUUUUGUUCUACAGGUAUGGCCAAGCGAUUAGAGAGAAGUUUAAGAUUGAGCUGUGA